AUGCCCAGUUAUGUCGAGUACUUUGGAUCCCACUCGCCGAGCGUGCAUGGUAUCAUUGUCUCGUCGAUCUUACUUUCAGCUGCCGUCAUGAGCGUUAUCGCUGGCCGGCCCGCGGAUGUCCUCGGCCGCCCACAGGGCAUUGCGCUUGGCGCUGCAGUCUUUGGGGUGGGCGCUGCGCUCGAGGCCGGUGCGGUUCGGCUGGCGAUGUUCAUGGUGGGCCGAGUGAUUGAGGGGAUGGGGUUUGGUCUGUAUUUUGGGACGCUAACGGUGUAUGUCUGUGAGAUCUCCCCUCCGGACAUCCGGGGCCCCUUGACGACAGGCCCGCAGUUUAUGAUCUGCACGGGGCUGGUAGCCGGGUAUUUCACCUGUUACGGGACCGCUCGCAUCGAGGGCUCGAUGUCCUGGCGGCUGCCGUUUCUUAUCCUCGUGGGUUUGUCCAUUGUCUUCGUCACCAGCGUGUUGCUCUACCUGCCUCCAUCACCGAGGUGGCUCCACCUGCAUGGACGAGACUCGGACGCCGAAGCCGCGUGGGAGACACUAGGAGUGAAGCCGGAAGAUCGUCAGAUCAUUGAGGAAGACCUUGAAGAAGGAUCCCCAAUGCAUGCUCGUGACGACGGAUCGAUAUCUUCUCAGUCGCCUGCCCGAGACACGAAGGAGAAGCAGCAGGAGGAAGCUAAAUUCUUCGACCUAUUCAAGAAGGAUGUUCGCGGGCGGACGAUGCUGGCUGUCUUCCUCAUGGGAUUCUUGCAGCUAAGCGGAAUUGACGCUGUGUUAUAUUACGCGCCUCUGCUCUUCCAACAAGCCGGCCUCACCAGCGAGGAAUCCUCCUUUCUCGCCUCCGGAGUCUCGGGCAUCGUCCUGGUCGUCGUCUCCGUCCCGGCGCUCCUCUUCGCGGAUAAAUGGGGCCGCCGCACCAGCACCAUCGUCGGCGGGCUGGGGUUGACGAUCACGAUCCUGCUGAUGGGCACUCUCUACGCGGCCAACGCGGUCCACCCUGACCACGGGGCCGCCCGUUGGGUCGUGAUCGUCUGCAUCUACCUCUACUCCGUGUUCUUCGCCUCCACCUGGGCGGUGAGUAUCAAAGUCUACGCGCCCGAAAUCCAGCCCCAGCACACGCGGGCCAAAGCGACCGCCCUCGCGCAUGGGUUUAACUGGGUCUGUAACUGGUUUGUGGCGUUUAUCUGCCCCAUUCUGCUGGCGAAGAGUAGCUCGGCAGCGUAUUACUUGUUCGGGGGGUGUUGCGCGCUGACGACGAUUGUGUGUUUCUUUUUUAUGGUUGAGACGAAGGGUAAGAGCUUGGAUGAGAUCGAGAGAGCGUUCACCUUGAAGAAUAACGAAGACGAGGGGAUAGGAUUGAAGAUGGGCGAGGCGAUCUUGAAGGUGUCCCAGAUGUCAGAGGCUCAAUCUGGGGACGUUCGGGAAUCUCAGGGCGACUAUGAGCUUGAUCUGGGAGUAGAUUGA